AUGUUAUUCAAUGGCUGUUGGACACUCGUCGUCGCAGUGCCAUACCUUGGCCUGGCUCCGAUCUGGCUCCCGCGCUUCUCGCAUGAGGUUGUGAUUCCCGCGAUGGAGUUCGUGACCAUGGCCCUGUGGCUGAGUGGCUGGAUUGCUUUGGCGGUGUUGAUCCCCAAGCCAAGUGCCUGCAAUUAUGGCAGCUGUCACGCGGUGCAAGCCUUGAUUGUGGUGGCGGCAGUUGAAUGUCACUCUGGAUCCAGAGUACAUGUGGUCUGGUACCCGGAAUCUUCAGGCCUUUGGAAACUGACCCCCAGGUCUCGUUUUCAACACAGGGCACUUUUCGCUUUCACCAACGUCUACGCCUUCCUGGAUGUUGCGAAUUCACGUCAAAACCAUCGUCAUGACCAUGACCAUGACCAUGACCAUGACCAGCAUCAGCAUCAGCAUCAGCAUCAGCAACCGGCAGUCUCUCAAGUGAACCCUGGCGAGGGCGCCUAG